AUGAUCACCAGGAACUCCCGGUUCGGAGCUGCAGCCGACCUCCACGAUGAGAAGAAGCUUAUUGCUGAGGAGCAGAAGCUCUGCCAGGCCCGAGCUCGCAAGUUCUGCCUGGAGACCAAACGACGCAGGAAGGCGUUGGAGGAGAGACAGAAGCAGAGGGACGAGCAGGAGGAGCAGGCGAGGGAGACGAUCCUGCAGCAACGCAGGGAGAGAGUGCAGGAUGCAACCGAGCGCUUCCAGAGAGGACACCUCCCUCCCUCUCAGAGACGAAGACGAACUUUUACAAAAGACGCUCCAAAUAUUGAAGAUGUCCUCAGUCAACUUCAAGGCCCUUUGGGUGGUUACACCCAGCAGUCAUCAUACCAGUCCAGAAACUACAACAUUAACAGAAUCUGCAAUCCCUCUCUUCAAUCCACUCAUGGCCAAGCUCUCUCCGUUGUGGAGGUCCAGACCAAUAUGCUCCUGGAGGAGAGGAUGACCUUCUCCAAGAACAGUGGAGAAGAUGACACGACACGAGAGAAGCAGCAGAAUCACAGCCCACAGGACAGUCACAUGUCGGACAGCUGUAACUCCAGUAAGGACAGUUUGGAGAAUGAGGACAACAACCAUGGUGGAAAUAAUCUGUGGAAUUCCCGCUUUUACUUGCUCGACUCAGAAAAGCCACAGCAUACAUCAGACCUCACUUCAUCAGCAAUGCGGCGCCUCGAUGGAAACUUGGCCCGAUCACAAAAGCAGCAGGAGCCUCAGCAGAAAACGCAAGAUGAGUCAGAGGGGCCUAACGAUAAGAUGCACAUUUUCAACGCCUCCUGGGGGUUCAGGUCCGAGCAGCCGCAGAAACCAGAGACACAACCUGCAGUGAACAGCGACUAUCUAUUCUCUGUGUGUGAAAUUAGUAAAACAGACUCAGAGACCUUUGAGGCCAACUCCACACGAAACAAUGCCAAAGACAAAAUCACUUUCAUGAAUACAGACACAGCCGACAGCACAGCACUUGACUCGUCAUGUCCAAAACAAGAGGCUCUGUUGGAUCUCAGACAGCAGCGAGGCCACGAUGACAGACAGGUCAAACAUCCGUCAGCUACAGAGAUUCUGCUUCCUGCCAAAAAUGGCAACUGCAAAGAGGUUUCGGUGGGGGCUCCCCCGAAGCCAAAUAUGUUCCUAAAUGAUAACAACAUUGAUGAUUCCUCACAAUACGGAACACUUUGGCACGCAGGCAAAGAAAACCACCAUCUCUCAUCCCAGAAGGAGCCCAGCGCUUCCAGUAUUAACUUCAAUAAGUUUUCAUACCCGGAGCCCGUGCUGCAACAUGCUCGCCCGUCAAACAUUCAGUCAGAUGCUCUCAAGUGCUUCAAGCGUCCCGAGGAGGAAGAAGCAAAGUUUCCUCUCGCAGUCGGGGCGACGCGGUUAACGUGUAACGUCAGAUUCAUUAAGGGGAUUCUUAAAAAGACGUCCAGAUACGCGUCAGGAGAUGCAGGGUGUGCGCACGGCUCAGGUCAAGGGAUUAUUGCAGAACAAGUAGCUUUAGCAAUCAAAGACAGUGUCGAAUUGACCCGGGCUAAGAUGCAUGAGGUGAAGAGCAACCCCACCAAAAAGAAGGUGCAUUGGUUCGAUGAGGUGUAUGUGGUAAAAGAGCAGAUUAAAUACAGGUCUGCCAUCCCGUCUCAGUCAAAGAAGAACCCAGAGGACCACCAGCAAAGUAUUGCUACAGUCUCAGGGGCCCACAAGCCUGGACCCAGCGUGACCCCUGCAGCCUCCACUGGUUAUCACUUUACAAAGCAAGCGUGGGCAGAUGUUGGGGUUCAAGUCAGUUUACCCCAGGAUAGAGCAGACGAGGUCAAGGUGCUGCAGAGCGCCAUUGGCCCAAAGGCCCCUUGGAGAGAGCGCUCCGCCAGAGCCAGAGCGGCUCCUGUUUCCUCAUGGGGUAGAAAGGGCACCGUCAUACGACCUCAAUCUGCCACCGAGGUGAAUCGGAUUGCCAAAACACGAGGGAGGAUCAUGCUGCCCCGCCCACCUCCCCGGCUGGAAGCGGUGGAGGAGGAGAAGACGGCGUAUGUCACCAAAACUCCAUAUGGCGUGGAUCACACAUGUGGUGUCAACAGUAAGCACGCUGGGGCUGGAGAGCAGGCCCUGGGCGGGGACGCCUCAGGAGGCUCACAUCGUGUAACCAGAACAGAUAGCGGUGUUAUGCACACACCGCUGCCCCCCUCGUACACAUGCCCCGUCUCAGAGGGCAUCGCAAAGAGCAAGAUCAGCUCAGGUCACCAGGAAACUCCGAGCUGCGGGAGGAGAAGAGGGACGGUGUCCAAUGAAAGGGGCUUCUGUUUAAACAUCACUCCCACAGAUGAGGAGAUCUCACAGCUCUGGCACGGUGUCCGCAGCGCCUUAGCCAUCAAGGACGAAAAAGCCGUCCCCAGAUGCAAGGCGCUGGAAAGUGGGCGUGGCUUGAGGAAACCCUGCUCGGAGCAGUGCAGACAGUCUCCUGGCUCCGGGAACAGGAGGCCUCCUCCUCCUCAGACCUGUCAGCCAUCGAAACAGUUAACGGAGGCCGGCCGAAUGUUUUCCAAUACGUGCAACGUGGCGUUGACACACGAAGGAGUGGGGAGUGCAGCCCAGCUACACCUGGCUGAAGUACACGCUGCCGGCCACCUGGAGGAAAGAGAUAUCGGAGCUGCCCUGGAAACAGCCCAGACACAGAGUCCUGCAGGAACGCAGCAGCACAAGGGCUUCACCAGCAUCUCCCUGGAGGAGCAGAAAGUGCUUCUCUCGCUGGAGAAGCUCAACCACCAGCUGCACCGUGUGCAGAAACACACCGGGAGCAACUGGGGCACCCGAUGCCUCGGGCUGACGGAUGCUCCCUGUGAGAUGAAAGUCACAAGCCCCAACAAGCCCCGUGCAUCCUCGGCUAACAUCUCCCCCUGGUACCUGAAGAAGUCCUGACCGUCAGUGCAUUACACCCUGAGUCAAACUCCAAGGGGGAGAGCACUUUAUUACCUUGUAAAGCAGAUUUCUCUUUUAGAAAAUGAAAGUGCCUUCUGGUAGUAUCCACUAAGAGAUAAAACACACUGGACUGUAGAUAAUCAAAGUUAGAAAAGACCAAAGUAAAGUGUAAAGUCUGUGUGCCUGAAAUUAUUGUACGUUUUAUCUGCUUCGGCAAGAAUGUGUAUAUUUACAAAGAUGUACUUUAACUGAUAUUAAGCCACUCAUUAAACAAUCAAAAUCA